UUCGCACCGACCCUUAAUUACGCGGAUCAAUCAUACGCUAGAUUAUCCCCUUCAUCCGUUCGUUCAUACGUUAUCCAGUCUGGUCAUUUAUGAACGUGUUUCGGCAUGAUUUCCGUGGCCGCUCUGGACACCGGCCUGCUCAGGCCAGCUUCGUGCUGAGGUUUAAGGUUUCUCUGUUCUCCGACUGCGUUCUAGUGUGGGCCGCUCGUGCUCUUGUGCAAUUUGUCUGCACGACAUUCUUCCGUCGAUCGAAUUCUUCGUGUAGGAGUUGGUUGGCUGCACCUCUCUGUUCCCCGACACUGCAUGGACCGAGGAUGAGCUCAGGGCUUUGGGUUUGACAGGAUUUAUGAUUUCUUAUAUCGUGGAGGUUGUUUCGUGUCAUGUAUAGCAAGGAUUAUUUUUGCUGAGAAAAACGUGCAGCUAUGGUUACGACCUCUGGAGAUUGGUCCAACCCCCGGCCAAACCUCUUGGACAUCCCGGCGCAGUUUUCUUCGAAUCUGUUGGGUCAUUUUCGUGAGCAUUUGGCGAAAUGCUCUGAGGGGAUGGCGAAAGGGAAGAACUAUUCUGAGACUGCAGGUGUUAGUGGGCAAGACGAGCGCUUGAAAUGGGGCUUUGGCAGCACUAGCAAGCGCAAUUUUGCAGAUUCACAUGAAUCAGAGCUGAUGAAUAUUUUCGGGCAGGCUGCAACGCGGCUACCAUUUGCUAGAAUCUCAGUCGCUGCGCCAAACGUAAGGGCCAAUGUCGAUGCUACGGAGGUCGAAAAGCAGUUUCAGGCAUCCUCCGAGGACUGGGCCGGGCAGUCAGGCAAUGCCGAAAAUGUGCUAGGUCAUCAUUUGAUUGAAACAGCUGAUAAAACUCGUCGAGAAUUCAGGUUUCGUGGGAUGGGGGACGAUUCUGUUCUACAGACGAUACAUCUCAAGGACACACGUCAACCAUUGGAACGGGCCGUGGACAGCUUCUACAGCCGCUUCUUUCCGCUUGGAUAUCCCAAUAGUGUAUCCGAAGGCUAUUUGGUAUACUCACAGUAUCGUGCUGUACAACACUUUGCGAGUGCGGUUCUUUCGGUUCUUUCAACACAGUCACUGUUGUUUGCUGCAGGUUUGAGACCGACACCAGCCCAGGCCACCAUUGUCAGCUGGGUGCUCAAGGAUGGAAUGCAACACAUUGGGAAGCUCAUUUGCAGCAGCAUGGGUGCUAGGAUGGAUUCAGAGCCGAAACGGUGGCGUAUCUUCGCCGAUGUAAUGUACGACGUCGGGGCUGGGCUGGAGGUUAUUUCUCCGCUGUGUCCUCAACACUUUCUUACCGUUGCGGGGCUGGCAAACAUGGCUAAGGGUAUGGCUCUUGUAUCCGCAAGGGCUACGCGGUUGCCGGUGUACUCAUCCUUUGCAAGAGAAGGCAACUUGAGUGAUUUGUACGCGAAGGGUGAAGCUAUUUCAACUCUGUCGAAUGUUUUUGGACUAGGUGUUGGCAUUCAGUUGGCGUCAACUGUGUGUGCUACAAUUCAAGGAAAGCUCCUGAUAGCUCCAGUUCUCUCAGCCAUUCAUCUCUAUAGUGUUGCACAAGAAAUGCGUGCCGCGCCCAUCAAUACUUUGAACGGGCAGCGUACAGCGAUGCUGGUUGCUGAUUUUCUGAAGACAGGAGAAGUUUCGAAGCCAGUAGAUUUAAGAUACCGAGAGCGGCUCAUCUUGCCAGUAGGGCUGCAGCAAGAGUCGGGAAAUGUGCGUGUUGGAGCUUCACUGUUGAAGACGGUCAGUAAGCCUUCUGUUCUUUCGGAGCUAAAGAAGAGCUUUGGUAAUGAGCGAUUCUUGUUAAAUUUUUCCGAUCAGAGAACAGAUCUAGUGCUUCAUCAGUCAGCUACGGGUGAAGACGCAGUUCGUGGAUGGUUGUUGGCCGCUUACGCUUGCCAACUUGCUCACAAAACUGAUCAAAGGAGUGAUGGUCAUGGCGAUGACUCACAUGGGUUUGGGUUGAAGAAGGCAGCGGCCUUACGUGAUGCGUAUGAAAAAACAGAGCAAUCUUUACCAGCCCUCCUCGAGGGUUUGAGAGAAAAUGGGUGGCACACACAUUUGUUUUUGGAAGGUUCAGGUUACCGAGCUGUUUGGUGAUGUGGUAAGCAGUUCAGGUCACCUCCAGCUUCUGUAGGAAUAUAGUAGCGAAUAUAAAGGCACCUCAUUAAGUGAGGUUCUUACGGUCAUCGUUACACAUGCUGAGAUAUAGAGUUUGGAGUUUAUGUCUCAGCCUUUGAGUAGGAAAUGAUUUAACGGAUCUGGAAGUCUUUUAUCCCUUUAAAGUGUUUCCAGCUAUCUGUAUUUGUUUGGGAGAUUGGACAUCGCUCCCGAUUGAUAAUGAAAUCUUUGAUAGUCUAGGUUAACUGAAACCACUGUCUUAUGUUUACAGUAGUCCAUCCAAGAAUCUAGUCUGUCAGUAUAUGUUUCCAAUGAGCACGAAUUAUGACCGACCGGGUUUCUUAUUAGCUAUCAACGUGUGGAGAACGUGGUUAGAAAUAUCUUUUAUCGUUAUCGGUUUGUGUGUACACUUUUGGCACGUUCUAGAGAGAAGCUAUGAGAAAAGGAGGGGCGUUAUGUUCUGAAGAUUGUGGUAA